UGUUUGGGCUGGGCCAGGAGUGGCCCAUUAACUACGUGGGGCCAGCCUUCCCGCUCGGAAACACUUGAAAAUUUCAGUCAGUGAUGAUGGCCAUGUCCUCAUCCGAAUCAUCGAGGACGAAGGAGGAGGGACCCUAGAGAAAUCCUCAGAUCGAGUUCUUUAUAGCAUCAAUGGAGGACGCCACUGGGACUCCCCGCAUUCCAUCUCCCAUGGCGCCCCAGGAUCCGCUUGUUUUGGAGGAGGAUAAUCUUGGGAAGAAGCAAAUUCGUGUUUCGAAUGAUGAGUUCAUGGAUGAGAAGGAGAAUGUUAGUGCUGGGAAUGCUUUGGUUGUGCCCAGAGAAACACCGAUUAUGCCAAUGAGUAAGAGGAAGGCUAAAGGAUUUAACUUGAGGAAAAGCUUAGCUUGGAACAAGGCUUUCUUCACUGAAGAAGGUGUUCUUGAUCCGAUGGAGAUGUCCACAUUGACUGGUUCUGUCACUAAGGCUAGUGGAAGUUUUCAGCCAGGAGCCAAAGGAGUUAUAUCACCAUUGACAAGAUUCAAUGUUAGUAGUGAGAGAUCUAGACCUGUGCUUCAAGACCUUGGGGAAAAAAUAUGUGAUGCAUGGUCUGCAAAACAUUCAGUGAAAGAUGUGAAAGCGGACAAAGUGUCCUCAAUGCAUCGUGAAGAGCCAGAGAUAGAUGCGGUCUCGGUGAAGAAAUCCCCCCAGAAGGGACUUUUGAGAACUGUGCUACAGUCACCAUUUUUAUCUUCUCAGAAGAGAGUAGCAAAUACAAGCAGGACAAAUCCAGCAUCUAAAAUACCAAAGGUCAUUCAUACAAAAACGUCGCUUCCCUUGGCCUUUAAGAGUUCCACCAUGGGUACAAAAGGCUCCAAGUGUAGUCAGAGUAUUGUUGUAGUUAGCACUGUACAAAGUACUAGUUUAAUUAGGGGGAUUUCACCUGAUUCAGAUAAAGAUGUUGGUAGCAGCUCUACAUCAGAUAAGGACUCAGAUGGCUUCAAAAUGAGUAUGGUUGAGAAAGCUUCUGACACCUCAAAGAUCAACCAAGAUCCAUUCUUUCAAAGGAAAAUGCACGAACCAAUUACCAGUAAGGGCUUCAGAAAACCAGCACCUUCAGUUCAGAAUAAUGAUCAUCGUAUUUGUAGAGGUCUACCAGCUGGCCCAGCAGUAGCUCAUGUAAAACCAUCAGGCCUGCGGUUGCCUAUGCCAACUAUGGGAUUCUUUAGUCAGGGAAAAGUUUCUCCUAAAUAUAAUAGCCAGCCUCAGAAAGCAGCUCAACCAUUCAUCUCUAAAAUUCCUCCUCCCAGAAAAUUUACUAAUGAGAAACCUCUUGGCGAGUCAAGGCCUACAACAACACAGAAACUUAAAACACCCACUGUUACAACAAAGUCGACUUCUGCACAUGUAGCUUCUUCCAGAUCACAAGCCAUUUCUGCCCAAAAUUGCUCAAAGCCUUCCACCGCAGCCCUUGGUAGACAACCUGACAUGAAAUUGAGGGUGAGAAUGUUGUCACCUCAUGACGUUGAUAGAGAAGGCGCCUUUAGUUCUGGAAGCUCUAAUUGUGCUACAAAUCAAGUAUCUGUGCAAAUGGAAGUUGCUGAUGGUAGAAUUGCGAAUCCAUCCCUGGAAACUAGUUUUUCUGGGAAUGUACGUGAUGCUAACCAGCUUAUUGAAAAUUAUGGUGAACAUGAGAUUUUGUGUUCAAACUUUUCAACUCAAGUGCACAAUUCAAGCAAGCUACAAGAAAGUGAUUUAAAUCAACAACAAGCAUGUGAUUCUGUAGAAUUGAAGUUGAGAAUGUUGCCACCUCAUGACGUUGAUAGAGAAUGCGCCUUUAGUUCUGGAAGUUCUAAUUGCCCUACAAAUCAAGAACCUGAGCAAAUGGAAGUUGCUGAUAGUAGAAUUGCGAAUCCAUCCCUGGAAGCUAGUUUUUCUGGGAAUGCACGUGAUGCCAACCAGCUUAUUGAAAUUGAAAAUUAUGGUGAACAUGAGAUUUUGUGUUCAAACUUUUCAACUCAAGUGCACAAUUUAAGCAAGCUACAAGAAAGUGAUUUAAAUCAACAACAACAAGCAUUUGAUUCUGUUAAUAUCCUGGCAAAGAAUCCGGAGGUUCAAAAUUCUAAAGAUGGGUCAUUUUCUGUUACAGUUGAAGAUAAGCAUACAGUUGGUACAGUUGGAAAUCCUACUUGUGAACUUGAAUGUGGGUUUACAACUAAUAGAGAUGAUCAUGGUGCCUCAAUGGUUGUUGAGUCAUCCUUGAGGUUGAAUGUGGAAAGCAUGGCUGAGAAUAAUGAUAUUAGUAGCAAUUUAAAUUUGGAUCUGUCAUCUUCUCAGGGGACUGGAAUAUUUGUUAAGUCACUUGUACGAGAAACUUCUCAUCAGACUGGAGUAGCUGCCCACAGAGAUGAUGCAGUUAUCCCCCAUUUGCAAGAGAAACAUUCAGCUGGAGCGACAUCCGAUAUCUUAUCAUUGAAAAAACCAAUAAAUGCUGUGCCCUUCUCAGAUGAAUGGCUAGCUGCUGUUGAGUCUUAUGGGGAGGGGAUUCUGGAACAGAAAACUGGUCCUGUUCAAAACUCUCCACCAGAGAAGGUUCUUUCUGAACCUGGUCCGUGGUCGCCGGUUAAGCGAAAAGCUCAAGACAUUGGGCCAUUUGACUGUACUAAGUACUCAAAAGAUCUCUCCGCCUCAGAGACAAACUAGUUUGUUCGACGGUUUUGUGUAUGUGAAGCUAACUGCAUUGGCAAAAUAUCGGACACGCCCUCUUGGAUCAUUACUAAUUGUUUUAACAACUCACGGUCAUCGUCAACGUCAUCGACUGAUUCUAUUGGAUCAUUUGUUCAUUGUUGAUCAUGCAGCAUGACAGCAAUGGAAUUAGCAGCAUGUGCAAAGUAAAAAAUUUCUUUCUUAGGUCACUGUUGUAUUUCAUGUUUGCUUGACUUUGCUCUUAGUAUUCUUAUCAUUGUAAUUGUAUUCAUCCCUAUAUGGUUAUUACCAUAUUUUGCAGCUUAGUUUAUGUUGUGUUAUUGAGUUUUUAUGUAACAGAAUCAA